AGUGCGCGGCGAGGCGCGCCAGCUGCCGCACGUCAUGAUUCUACCCCAGGUGAGCGACGAUGUACCCAGAUACUACCACUACCACCCCGUCGUUAACAGGACGACCGCCGAGAAUCAGUAAUCUGACAGACGGGGAAGAAGAAGAUCUGCCUGAAAACGCUUUCUCGCUGCUGUCGGUGCUCCUAGUUGGGUUCCUCCUCGUGAUCCUGAUAUUCUUCUCCGUCGCUGGCAACGUUCUGGUGUGCGUGGCGAUCUACACCGACCGUGGGCUGCGGAGGAUUGGCAACCUCUUCCUAGCCUCCCUGGCCGUUGCUGACCUCUUCGUCGGUGGGCUGGUGAUGACCUUUGCCGGAGUCAACGAUCUCCUCGGUUACUGGAUCUUCGGACUGUGGUUCUGCGAUAUCUGGAUCGCCUUCGAUGUUAUGUGCAGCACUGCCUCUAUCUUAAAUCUAUGCGCCAUAUCGCUCGACCGUUACAUACACAUCAAGGAUCCUCUCAGGUACGGCCGUUGGGUAACCAGAAGAGUUGCCAUUGGCGGUAUCGUUGUUGUGUGGCUUCUAGCAGGACUCAUAUCCUUCGUACCGAUCAGUCUAGAUCUUCACAGAAAUGAAGAUACACCAAAGAGUUAUAACGAUGCAGUGGAGGAGCACCCUACGUGUGCCCUAGACAUUACACCCACUUAUGCGGUGGUGUCUUCUUGCAUAUCUUUCUACGUACCCUGCAUCGUGAUGCUGGGUAUUUAUUGCAGGCUCUAUUGCUACGCGCAGAAACACGUGAAGAGCAUCCGAGCGGUGACGAAGCUGCCGGACACCUCGAUGGCCAAGAGUUUUCGCUCGAAGAGCAGUCGCUGCAAACCACCGAAGCCGCAAGCGAAGACGAAGCCGACCAGCCCUUAUCACGUGUCCGACCACAAGGCCGCGAUCACCGUCGGCGUAAUCAUGGGCGUAUUCCUGAUAUGCUGGGUGCCCUUCUUCUGCGUCAACAUUGUCGCAGCCUACUGCAAGACCUGCAUAUCUCUCCGAGCGUUUCAGGUUCUCACAUGGCUCGGCUACAGUAACUCGGCCUUCAACCCGAUAAUCUACAGCAUCUUCAACACUGAGUUCCGGGAGGCAUUCAAGAGGAUCCUCACGAAGGGAGCGCGCGCGCGGGGCAACCAGCCGUCGACCAGCGAGUGUGGCGAAUUUCGUUCGGUGGUGGUCCAGAAACGCAACGGAUCCAUGAUCGAAUGCAACAUCAGUCCGAGAUCGAGCGCGGACAGCUGUCAGGUCGGCGUCAUGGCUCAACGACAUCGCGACACUAUCGUCAGCGCUAUAUAAAUGCGUCUCAACAACUCUCCAUCAUCUUAAACGAUCUCUUUCCCGGAUCUCACUCGCCGCUUGCCUCCGGAGUCGUCGCGGUCGUUUCAUCCUUUCUCACUCGUGUCAACCGAUCUUGUCGAGGAAUCCGCGAUACUAGGAUAUCUCUAGAAACAUCGACAUCGUCUGAUGGAAAAUAAUACGACGUGCGAAUUUGCAUAUGCUACGUCCAAGAUAUUUUUUCAUCGUAUCGAUCCUCUAUAAUCGCAUAGGAGAGAUAUCAAUUAUGAGACAUGUAAAAUUUAACAAAUUCCCGAUUUUAUCUCUGUUUUCCGAAUUUAUUUGUUUAUUUUAAUUUGUUUCGAAUCCCCCACAUGCGGAGAGAAAAAUCAUUGUGCGCGUGACGCGAUUGCGCGACUCCCAACGGGACGAUAAAUUAUCUCGUUUCGCGUAUGUGAACUUGCAUCGAUGUACAUAAAAUCUGCAUACGAUGUUGCUCGUAUCAAAGAACAAGCGGAUUUCAUUCUCAUAUACUAAAGUUUAAUAUUUGCGUCCGCAAGAUAUUAAACGCCAAAUUGUCUAUCUGCUCGAGGAAGGAUUUGCAACUGCAAUUGCGACGUUGACACCGUCUCUCGCUAUACAGUCGCUUAUGUAAUAUAAAUGUAACCGAGGCCGCUGGGAUAAUACUCGACCGAUUAUUUAUUGAAUCUCUUCUCACGUAAUAUCAAUCAAUGUUCUAGUUAGCUAUCAUUGGCACUUGGCCCGAGAAUACAUUUAGAAGACCGUUGUUCGUGUCUCUUCGACGUCGGAUUUUAGAGGAACGAUAUCGUAAACGCAGGAGCAAUAUAAUAUCGAGAUACUUAAUAUCAUAAAAAGAAUACUUCGUAUCUUAGACUUCGCCAUCGUCAUCAUCCUCGCGACUUGAAGCGAUAAAAAUUACGAGUGACACGAAAAUUUCUUCAAACGAUCGAGAAGCAUCUUUUUAUCACAAAAGAGGCUGUGCGAUGUGAUGUUCGCAGGCGUAAGCGUGACAAUUCGUAAAGUCAUAAUCAACCAUCGUAAUUAAGACAAUCACCGAAACCUACUUCGAAGCAUAUCUAGAAGACCUGAUCCACCGAAAUCGUAGUUCUUUUUUUCUUAUAUCUUUUAUUUAUUUAUCCUUUUUUAAGCGGUACGACUAUAAGGCAUAGAGUGGGAUUUGUCGAUUAAUAGAAGAAUCCAAGUGUAGCGCUUAGGAUACUAAUCUCAUCAAGCAAUCGUAACUCUUUAAUGGAGCAAUGUCGAUAGCCAAUUUACGAUAUUAAAAGCUGGAUGUUACCGAUACGUUUCUGAACAGUAACGUCUGUCGAAACAUCAUGAAGAGAAAAAAAAAACUUUAUAGCAAUAGGUCAACGCAAACGGCAUGCCGUGUGAACUACAGAAAUCAUUUUCCAUCUUGUAAAUAGCCAUUUAAUUAUUUUUCUAUUUGACGGGGCGCGAAGAGAGAAACACAAAGAGAAAGAGAGAAAGAUGCUCGCGGAAACGCAACAUCUCAGAAUUAUGGACGCGCUUAUCAGAUAUAUACGCGAAAUCGAAAAUCGUCGAGCACCCGUCGAAUCUAAAACUCAAUUUUGCAUCACAUAUCCGAGCGGAAGGAAGUAGUCACGAACCAAUUUGCGUUCGCGAGGAUCCGUCGAGCUUCCUUGGUACAUCUAUAUCUACGAUACAAAGCGCAUUGCGAUUCGGCGCGAGAGGAGGUAGGGGGGAUAACGAAAGAAAAUGAGUGCACAAAUGUAUACGUUGUUGUGGAUUGUAUAAGAACGGUUGAAGGAACGAUGUUUAAAACUCUCCAAUCGGCUCGGCGCAAUGUUGAUUUGUUGAUGUAUAUUACUGAUAUAUUCGAAUGACCGUUCUCUGUAAAUAUAUUAGAUUAUAAGACUUC